AUGUUACGAGCGAGAGAUUUUCUUCUUACAAUUGCGGCAAUCUACCUGCUGUUUGCCUCGCUUGAGCUACAUCCGCGCGUUAUAAGAGCGAGCGCAAACUAUGUGGUGAACCAGAUAGUCGACCAGGUCAACACUGAGGGGCCCGCCAGAAAAUCAGACGCAAAUAUUGAUUUGUUGAUGUAUAAAGUGAGAAGAAAUUUAGUAGAAAAUGAUGGUAUCAUCAAUAAUAGACAAACAGUUGAGCGGCCAGCAGCAGCGGUGAACUUUAAUCAAGUUUUAAUUGAUAGCACAAGGCAACAAACAAACAUGGCCGACCAUGUCAGCCAGCACCCAGCAAACCAAAACUCAUACAACUACUACGCCAGCAAGACCUAUCAACCUGCCGAAUUGCAACUAAGAGAAUUGAUAGGUUCUAAUAAGGCGGCGUUGCACGCCGAACCGCAAGAGGUGCAGGUCAAAUUUCUCAGAUCCGGCGAGCCAGUUGCUGGCGGAGCACCGCCAAAGCCGCCACCAGAUCGGCCCACCAAUCACACUGUCUACAUGCUCAACUAUGGCAACUCAGCAGCACUAACUAGAGAGCCAGCUGCCAACAAUGAAGCUGGCGCUUCAAUACCUUCGUUGGCGCCCGAGCUCAUGAUUGGCGAGCAACAGCAACAACAGCAGCCCUUUGCCCUUUUGCCGCCCUUCAAUCAGCCGCAACCGCUAAGCGGCUCGCCACAAGCGCCAGCCUUGCCGCAAAACAUCAGAAAUAUCCUGAGCAACUACCAGCGGUAUCCUCAAUCCGCCAAUCUAGAUCCACGUCUACUUCAGCAGUUGGCACUGCAGCAGCAGCAGCAGCAGCAGCCAGUAAGUCCCACUUUGAUUUCUAAUCUAGACCAAAAUCAGCCCAUAGAUGCAUCGCCAGGGAAGCCUCCAUCGGCGAUUCAGAACAACGGUCAGCAGCAGCAGCAGCAGCAGCAGCAGCAGCAACGAGCUCUAUCUCUACCCCAGCAGCAACCUCAGCAACCUCAGCAGCCUGCGCAACAGCCCCAGCAGCCAUUCUCGGCGCUGCAAAUGCUUGCUGCGCCCUUCCAAGCCUUCCUGCCCGGCUUAAGCCAGCCGACGUUCGGCCGGCCCAAUGCCGGAAGUGGGCAGCCUAACGCCGCAACAACCGACGCCGCAAAGCAGCAAUCUGCAGCCGCUCAAUCCAAUACUAAUACUAAUAAUAAUAAUAAUCAACAGCAGCAGCAACAGCAACCAUUUUCGCUAUUCAAUCCGUUCGGGUUUGGGAAUCAGCCCGCUCAACAGCAAGCAGGUCGCGGCCAAGAAACAGUGCCGCCUCUACAGGCUCUCUACCAGCAGCUACCAUUAUACCAGGCUCUCCUAGCUGUGCGCCAAAGACAAGAGGCCCUCCAGAAUGCGCAAAAGAUGCAACAGCAGCAGCAGCUGAACAGCCUCAUCAACCCGCCAUCCACUCGACGACCUGUGCACCCUCCAUACGGAGGCCAAGUGCAACAAGCGCACCCACUUGGAGGCUUCGCAGUUGGUGGCCAACCUAUCCAGCCGAGUCUCGCAUCAGGUGGAAUUCAGCAGCCAGCAAACAACUUGUGGCCAACCCAGAAUCAGCACCCACACCAACAGCCGCUGCCUGAGAACGGCCAAAUCGGACAUAACAAUCAAGCCGGCGCCCAUCAGCAGCAGCAGCAGCAAAACCAGAAUCCGAGCACCGUUCAGUUCGACGACGACGACAACAACACGACGAAUAAUGUGGCUGGAGCUAAUCAUGAUGCCAACAGCAACAACAACAAUAGUAAUAUUAAUAACAAUAAUCCUAUUCAGGAUCAAAACCCUAAUCAGGUGGAUAAUAAUAACGAGCCUCAGAUGAACAAUGAUCAGCCAGAAAACAACAACAACAACGAAGCCAACCACGAUCAAAACGAAAAUACCAACAACAAUGGCAAUAACAACGACAACAAUCAGCCAAAUAAUAACCAAGAAUCUAAACCGGAAGAAGAGGAUCCCGACCUGAAACAGUUCCAGAAUUUGGCCAACGGCGGCGACUCUUUCACGGACCUGUUUCCGCCUGGAAUACUGAGCAACAACGAUAUCAGCGAUAUCAAGAAGCAGCAGGAGGAGCAGGCAAAGAAACAGGAAGAAGAAGAGCGACAGCGACAGUUGCAGCAGCAACAACAACAACAGCAACAACAGCAGCAACAACAACAGCAAAACAAUCAGCCGAUCGAUCAGUUCACCAACGGUACACCUGAUCGGCAAAAUCAGCAAAACAACGAGGCUCCCAAUCAGAAUAACGGCCAGGACAACAACAAUGAGAAUGACGGAAAUGGCGCCGACGACGAUCAAGACGGAAAUGGCGGCGGCGGCGGCAAUCAGGAGGAGCCCGGCGAGGAAGGUGGCGAAGGUAACAACGAGACAGCGAGUCCUGUGGCGGCCCGCGCUAACUUCAAAAUCAGGCCAGCAAACGACAGGUGGCGCCGGGCAAAGUAA